AUGGACGGCUGGGACACUCCUGCUGACUACUCGCAACCCCCGCCGCCACCGCAGACAAACGCAGCGGCGGGUUGGGCCAACUCGCCCCGUCGUGGCGGCGGUCGUGGCGGCGGUCAUCGUGGAGGAGGCGGAGGAGGUUACUACCACAACAACAACAACAACAAUCAUCAUAACAACCAACAGCAAUACCAGCAGCAGUCCGACGAACAGAGGAACGAGAACCGCAUCCGCUACAUCCGCUCCCACCUCUUCAAGCUCGGCGAGGACAAGGACUUCCAUCCGCCCUCCGACCUGCUCAAGAUGGCGCGCUGGAUCCACGACAAGGCUCACGACGGCCUCGAUCCCAUCACCGCAGCCUUCAGAGUCAUGGUCACCGAACAGCCCCACAAGAUCCCCCUCAUCGCCGCCCUCAUCGGCUUCCUCUGCCUUCAGCCCAACGCCGAUCCAGCACGAAUCCGACAACAUCCCGCCCAGCAAGCCCAGCAUGGCGAUGAGCAUCUCGACGACCACAACGCCGCCGCCGACGAGCCCGCACCGUCGAUCGGCUUGCUCAUCGUCAACGACCUCAUCAAGGCUUUCCGCUCCUACCUCGAUGCCCGUCUCUGGCGGAACACGCGUCUGAGCCUGCAUCUCUUCGCCGCGCUCGUGCCGCUCCACAUCGUGCCCGCACACUCGCUCCGCGCCCUCCUCUCCGCCUUUGCCGCCGUGCUCGACGAACCCGCCGUGGCCGCCCCGCGUGCGGACCGUGCCGCCAUGUGCAUCAUCCAGACCCUCUGCCGUGCCGGUCAGGAUCUGCUCACCGAUGGAGACCACGCCCGCGCCGAGCUCGACCAGCUCGUCCAGCGAGUCGUCGCCUACGACGCCGCGCGCAAGGUCGAGGUGCAGCUCACCCAGCCCGUGCACGACGUCGAGACCAUCUGGCUCGAUGGAUUCCCGCACGCCGUGCAGGCGCUCGAAGAAUUGCGCACGCGCGACUAUGCACGCCCCGCCUUCCUCCCCGUGCCCGCCGACCUGCUGCCCGCCGCCAUCUCGCCCAGCGCCACAGCCGUCCCCGAGGCGCACCGCAGCGUCCUCCUCCCCGACGUCCUCGUCCCGCCCGAAGAGGAUGCAGAGGAACACAACCUCGACGUCGCAUAUGCCCAGCUCGGAGAGCAGCAGGUCAAGCGCCGCAAAGUCGACACGGGCAAGGGCGAGCUCGAGGAGAAAAAGGCAGCCGUCGGUCCCGAGCGCAUCAGCCUCGAGCCGCGCUGGUUUGCCGCUACCGUGCCGGCGCUCGCAUCGCCCGCCGCAGUGGUGCUGCGUGCAAUCGUCGCCGAUAUGAUGGACCUCUACGAAGUCAACCGCAAAGAGGCCGCGCGGCUGCUGCUCGAUCUGCCCAACUGGCUGCGUCGCGGCACCUUUACGGGCAAAGUCUCGCCCGAAGCAGGCCUCUUUGGUGAACUCGACGACAAGCCUCAAGAGUCGGGUUGGUCCUUGGACGACCUGCUCGUCGAAUCCAUCCUCUCCACCGCGCUCGUCCUGCCGUCGCCACCGCGCAAUCCGCUCUACUACACCGCACUGCUGCGCGAGAUCGUCGCGCUCACGCCCGGUUCCGUCGCGCCCUCGCUCGGCCGCACCAUCCGCACCUUUUACAACGCGCUCGCCGAACCCAAAAUGGACCUAGAGGCCGUGCAGCGCUUUGCCGACUGGUUCGCCAUCCACCUCAGCAACUUCAACUUUGGCUGGGCAUGGAAGGAGUGGAUCGCCGACACGGCGCUCGAAUCCAACAGCGCCAAGGUCGUCUUUAUCAGGCGCAUCGUAGAGCUCGAGGUGAGGCUCGCCUACUACGACCGCAUCAAGCAGACGCUGCCCGCCGAGAUUGCGCAGCUCGCCAUGGCCGACGAAGAGCCGGGCGCCGUGUUUACCUAUGCCGGCCCAGAACAUCCCUACCAUGCGGCGGCCACCGCGCUGCUCAGCUCCAUCCGCGCCAAGGCCUCCGCCGACGUCAUCCUCGCCGACUUUGAAUCCUUCAAGGCGAGCAUCAUCUCGCAGCUGCCCCAAGACGGUAUGGUGGGCAGCAUGGACGAGGCCGAGGUGGUGGUGCGCGACUUGGUUGUCCAGUGCGUGCUCCAGGUCGGAUCGCGCUCCUUUUCGCACCUGCUCAACAUUGUCGAGCGCUACCACGGCCUGCUGCGAACGCUGUCGCGAAGUGCGAGGAUGCGUGCAGCCAUGCUUGCUGCAGCCGUGCGCUUCUGGAUCCGAUCGCCGCAAUGGCUACACAUUGUCGUCGACAAACUGCUGCAGUACCGCAUUGUGGAACCGGCGGAUGUGGUCGAGUUCAUCUUUAAUCCGCCGCGCGACGAGCCGGCCUCCAUCCUCACGGCGGGGGUGAGCGAAGUGGGCAGCUGGGCGGGAUUCAACACGUGGGGCUUGCUCAAACUCACGCUCGACAAGGUCAACGGACGUGUAGACCAGCUGCGUCGCAGACUUGAGCAGAGUCAGCGCCUCGAGGCCGAGGAACUCGAGCGACAGGAAGCCGCCGCCGCCGCCGGAUUCGAACAGGAGGAAUCCAAGGCUGAGCCCGGCAUGCCGCUCUUCCCCACCACUGCUACACUGCCCGUAAGGCCAGAGGAGAAAGCGCCAUCGGCCGACGACGCGCGCGCCAGCCUCGACGCCAUCCGCACCGAACAGCGCAAGGUGCUCCUCACCGUCGUGCAAGGCUUCCUGGCUCUCAAAGCAGAAGGCUGGAACAAGUGGUGGGUGGACGGUUGGUACACCGCUUUCGUAAGGACUUUCAACAGGCAGCUGCUCGACAACAAGCAGACCGUCUUGGCAAUCUGCUUCCAAGACGGCCACGACGAAAAGAAGGACAUCCUCCUCAGAGCCAUCGAUAUGCUCGCCGAGUAG